UGACAUUAAAACGUGCUGAAACUGAUAUUCUUUUGUUUCAGGUGAUUGGCGUUUGGAUGGACAUGUAAUCAAGUGCAGUGUCAGUGUAGUGUAGUGAAUGCGUGAGUGCCAUGUGGGGUCGGCGGGCGCACGGCCAUAUCGUGGCCUGGCUCGCGCUGGUCUUAGGGACGAUGGCGUUCGACACCGAGGACUUUCUCAGCGAUCUUGAUAAACCAGUGCCAACAUCGGACGUGCAAGGCGUGCUAGGCAAGAAGGCGUCUCUUCCGUGUGACAUCGCGCCUCUUCAGCAAAACGAUGAGGUCGUCAUGGUGCUGUGGUUCAAGGAAAGUGGCGGGGAACCUUUAUACAGCUACGACAUCCGUGGUCGUACCGCCAACCAGCCUAAGCUCUGGUCAUCUCCGUCCGUCUUCGGCAACCGCGCUUACUUCAGAGCAAGCGCGACGCCAGCCGUCCUCAUGGUCGACAACGUCAUAGCGAUCGACGCUGGCCUAUACCGCUGUAGGGUGGACUUCAAGAACUCUCCUACGAGGAACUUGAAAGUCAACUUCACAGUUAUUAUUCCUCCAAAUCGGCCAACGAUAUACGACUCCAAAAGAAGAGACAGGACGAAACUGGUGGAACCGUACAAUGAAGGGUCGAAUGUGCAGCUGACUUGUGAAGUAGAAGGCGGCCGUCCAAGACCCUGGGUGACCUGGUACCUCGAGAACACAGUAAUCGACGACUCCUACGAGCAGCGAAGCGAUGGCGUGACCGUCAACACACUGACGUUCCCCAACGUCGGCCGUCAGCAUCUGAACGCUCGCUUGGUCUGCCAGGCUGCUAACACUAACUUAGCGCCACCGCAGACUAAAGUGCUGAUACUGGAUAUCAAUUUGAAACCGAUCACAGUGACGAUAUUAACGAAAGAGAAGCAAGUUUCGGCAGACAAGAGAUACGAGAUCGAGUGCAAGACGACAGGCUCAAGACCUGAAGCCUCAGUGUCCUGGUGGAAGAAUAAUAGGCAGCUGAAGCGGAUGGCGAAAAACUUCUCAGAAAACAACGAAACACUAAGCGUCCUCAGCCUAGUGCCGGCGGUGGAAGACGACGGGAAGUUCCUUAUGUGCCGGGCCGAAAACAAGCACAUUCCCGACUCGGCCAUCGAAGACAAAUGGAGGCUUAAUGUGCACUACGUUCCGAUAGUGGAUCUGAGGAUGGGCUCCAGCCUUAACCCGGACGAGAUAAAGGAGGGAGAUGACGUGUACUUCGAAUGUUCCGUGCGGGCCAACCCUAAAGUACAUCGGCUAGUCUGGUUCCAUGAUAACACGGAGAUCCUCCACAACGAAGCUGACGGAAUCAUACUGAGCGCCCAGAGCUUGGUUCUCCAAAGAGUGACAAGGGCAGCAGCUGGGGAUUACACCUGCAUGGCUGCCAACAGCGAGGGAAAAGGGACUAGCAACCCCGUGUCUCUGCUGGUCAGAUAUGCUCCAGUAUGCGCCCAACAACGCGAUGGAGAACUUUUCGGUGCCCUCAAGCAUGAAACUGUAUCUCUACACUGUUCCGUCGACGCAAACCCGGCUGUCACGUCGUUUCAUUGGACGUUUAACAAUUCUGGAGAGCAAACGGAUCUAGCGCCUAAAUUAUUCAACAGCAACGGGCACAAGUCGACCUUGAACUACACCCCCACCACAGACAUGGAAUACGGCACGCUCAUGUGCUACGGCAAGAACUCUGUGGGCCAGCAGAAGGUGCCGUGUUCUUUCCAGCUCGUGGCGGCUGGUCGUCCAUUCCACCUCCAAAACUGCACUGUGGCGAACCAGAGCAUCGACUCCUUAUACGUGGAAUGCGUUGAGAACUUCGAUGGUGGCCUCCCCCAGACUUUCCUUAUGGAGUUGCUGGAGCUGCCAUCUUUGAUCGUCCGCUACAACGUCUCAACAAACCGGACGCCCCCUUUCUUCGAGAUCAAAGGGCUCCCGCCCGGCGUCAGUUAUCGCAUCGACUUAUACGCCGUCAACGCGAAGGGACGCAGUGACGUGUCGACAAUUGAAACUGUCACCUUGAAAGGACAAGCCAAGUAUACUGGUGAAAGCAACACACUUGGCGUUUCACCAGUCUUAGCUUCGAUCGCAGCAAUGUCUGCUCUCCUGGCUACAGCUGUUUGUGGAGUGCUGGCUGUCUUGUACAGAAGACAUGCUAACAGACAUCGGGGGUUGCCGGCGAAACAUGCGCCUCUGAACGAGGCGAUGUACAUGGAGCGUGCAGCACACACCCCUACGCCCGUGAAAGAAGCAGAGUCCCGAGCCAGCAGCACGGAACCGCGGGGGGAGACGCGCGGGGUGCGCGGGGCGCUCUUACAUGCGCCUGAUCCGAGAGAGGAUGACGCUGAUCCUGAUAUUAUACCUUGUUUAUAUGAACGGAGGCCAGUCUCCAACGGCUACAUGAGCCUCCAGCGGCCUCCCUCGGCCUCCAAGUUGCCGAAGGUGGAGGAGAUCCGCGCGGACCCCGACGGGGCCUACUACGCGGACCUGAGGAAGAAGGAUUAUAGAAUACCUUUAACUAGUUCGUAUCAUAGUUUAGGACGAGUGAACAAAGGCGUGAACGCCUGCAGCCCGUCUUCGGCGACCGGCGUGACGUCAUCACUGACGGCGCACCGACUCCGGCCCGAGGUAGUCACGACAUCUCAUCGGGUGCAGGAGAGCUGUAUAUAAAUAAGUAGGUUAGGGUAGGGUAUGGCGCAGGAAUUGGUUGAGAGACGAAUCUUGAAAAUA